AUGGCGUUUAACGACUUCUUCACCGGCGAAAUCGCAACGGAACUUCUAAAACAGUUAGUCUCCAUCUCACGCAAGUCAUGCCUCUGCAAGUCCACUGCGGACAACCUCAUCACGAGCAUCCAAGAACUCCUCCCCAUCAUCGACGAAAUCAAAUACUCCGGCGUCGAGCUCCCCGCUAUUCGUCAAUCUCAGCUUGACCGUUUCUCCGAGACCCUGCGUGGGGGCCUCGAAUUGGCCCGCAAAGUCCUCGCCUCCGGCCGUUGGAACGUCUACAAAAACCUCCAGCUGGCCAGGAAGAUGGAGAAGUUAGAGAAACAAGUCGCGAGGUUCGUUAGCGGGCCGUUGCAGGCCCACUUGCUGGCCGACGUGCAUCACAUGCGGUUCGAAACGAUGGAGCGGUUCGACAGGUUGGAAGGCCGGUUGGAGCAGCGGCUCAGUUCGAUGAAGAUUGGAGUGGGAGGGUGGGUGGAGGAAGCGGUGAAAAGAAUGGAAGUUGAAGAAGAGGCUAGCCUGGGAAUCCUGGGUGGAGUUGGUUUGGAUUUAGGGAAAAGCAAGGUGAAAAAAUUGUUAAUGGGAAGAGAUGAUUUAAACGUUGUUGGAAUUUGCGGUAUUGGAGGAUCAGGAAAAACUACUUUAGCUAAUGAAAUUUGUAGAGACAAUCAAGUUCGAAGUUAUUUCAACAACAGAAUUUUGUUUCUAACUGUGUCACAGUCACCGGAUCUGGAUCAAUUGAGGGCAAAGAUAUGGGGAUUCAUUACAGGGAACGAGGCCAUGGGUUAUACUAGUAAUCACUUUGUUCCACCUGGGAAGUUACAGUGUGAGUGGGGAAGUGGACCGCGAAUUCUGGUUGUGUUAGACGAUGUCUGGUCCUUGUCUGCACUUGAACAACUCAUUUUCAGGAUCCCAGCAUAUAAAACUCUUGUAGUUUCGAGGUUCAAGUUCCCAACAAGUGUUGUUAACGAAGUUUACAAAGUUGAGUUGUUGAGGGAAGAUGAAUCAAUGUCCCUGUUUUGCCACUCUGCUUUCGGGCAAAAGUCGAUUCCUCCUACUGCGGAUGAGAGUUUGGUCAAGCAGAUUGUUAGUGAAUGUAAAGGACUUCCUUUGGCUCUGAAAGUGAUCGGAGCUUCGUUGCGAGACCAACCUGAAAUGUACUGGGCUAGUGCAAAGAAAAGGUUACUGCGAGGAGAACCAAUCUGCGAGUCUCAUGAAAACAAAUUACUGGAACGGAUGGCAAUAAGUGUGGAAUACUUGAACAAAAAGGUAAAGCAGUGUUUCUUGGAUUUGGGGUCAUUCCCAGAAGAUAAGAAGAUCCCCCUUGAUGUUCUUAUCAACAUGUGGGUUGAGAUACACGACAUUGAUGAGGAGGAGGCUUUCGCCAUUCUUGUUGAGCUUUCUGACAAGAACCUACUCACUCUGGUGAAAGAUCCACGGGCUGGUGACGCAUAUAGCAGCUUCUAUGAAAUCUGUGUCACUCAGCAUGAUGUGUUGAGAGACCUUGCUCUUCAUCUGAGCAAUCGUGGGGAUGUGAAUGAGCGGAAGAGGUUACUUAUGCCACGGAGAGAUACAGAGCUUCCAAGAGAUUGGGAAAGAAACGCAGAUCAGCCAUUCAAUGCUCAGAUUGUUUCGGUUCAUACAGGAGAAAUGAGGGAAAUGGACUGGUUCCGGAUGGAGUUCCCAAAGGCUGAAGUACUCAUCCUGAAUUUUUCCUCCAAUGAAUACUUCUUGCCUCCAUUCACAGACGAUAUGCCCAAACUCAGGGCACUUGUUGUAAUAAAUUAUGGUACAUCUGAAGCAACCCUUCAGAAUUUUUCAGUUUUUACUAAUCUGGCAAAUCUGCGGAGCCUUUGGCUUGAAAAAGUGUCCGUUCCUCAACUAUCCAACGCCACGGUUCCCUUGAGGAACUUGCGGAAGCUAUCUAUGGUUUUCUGCAAGGUUAACAACAGCUUUGAUCCCUCAGUGCUAGACCUGCCCCAGAUCUUCCCUCGUCUAUCAGAGCUCGUAAUUGAUCAUUGUGAUGAUCUAAUUAAGCUGCCCUUAAGCAUUUGUAAGGUGAAUUCACUCCAAAGUCUGAGCAUAACCAACUGCCACCGAUUAUGUGAAUUGCCUGCUGAUUUGGGUAUGCUGCGGAAACUACAGAUACUUAGGCUGUAUGCUUGUCCAGAACUUAAGAAGCUCCCUCCCAGCAUCGGCGAGCUAGUGGCUUUAAAAUACCUUGAUAUCUCCCAAUGCCUUAACAUGAGAUGUCUACCUAGGGAAAUAGGUAGAUUAUCAAGCCUGGAAAAGAUAGACAUGAGGGAGUGUUCAGAGACUGUGAGCCUACCAACAUCGGCUGCCUUGUUGAACUUGAAGUCACUGCGCAGAGUUAUCUGUGAUGACGAAGUUUCUGGGCUCUGGAAAAAUGUGGGAAAGGCUAAGCCAGACCUUCAUGUUCAAGUUGCAGAGAGAAGCUAUAGUUUGGACUGGCUUGAUGGCUGAAACAGUACAUGUAUCUGUCUGUUAAUUCAUGUUAACAUCAAUGUACAUAAUUUUAAUAAAUGUAAUGUUCGUUCUUAGAUUAAAGGAACCCUUGAUGCUGGUAGAUUACAUUUUACAUUACUUCAUUUUCAAUUA